AUGAAUGGCGAAAAAAUACCUCUAACUGGACCGAUUACAGAAAAUAGUUUUUAUACUGGUAAAGAGGUAUCGACUGGAGAAGUUGGUUCAAGUGGAAUAUCGCGUCGAGUUUUACAUGGUUUAACAAUAAUCUCUGUUUUAAUUGCAUGUGGUUGUACUAUAUUUGGAUUAUUUCAAACCAAAUCAGCAGUUAUUGUAUUACCAUUUAUUAUCGUAUUAAUUUGGCUUUCUAUACACUUUCUUCUUUUAUAUUUUAUGCGAAAAGAUCAGCACGAUUUUCAUCCGCCAGCAUGGUUUAUAUUUGUUUCAAGUGGGCAUAUUUUUAUACAAUCAUUAAUUGUUAUUAUUUUAACACUUGUGAAAAAGCAAACUUGA